AUGGCCUCUUCGUCUCCCGCAGCCGCAAAAUCAUCAUCAAGCGUUGCAGACGUGGCAACGAAACCUGCCUUUGGCUCGAGAUUCCUGAAGGAUGAAACGGAGGUCUGGUCUCAAAAUGCCUGGGACCACGUUCCGCCACCCCCGGGUCAGCGCGAACACAUAGAAGCGGCCCUCGCUCGCCAGCGUGCUGCGCCGGUGCCCGACGAGGAUAAGAGCAAGUACAACGACAAGCCCGCGCGACAUUGGGACGAGUUCUACAAGGCCAAUCAGGACAACUUCUUCAAGAAGCGCAAGUGGCUCCACUUGGAGUUCCCUGAGCUCAUCGCGACGACCAACCUCGAUGCGGGCCCCAAAACGGUCGUCGAGUUCGGCUGUGGAACCGGUAGCGCCAUCUUUCCUCUGCUUGAAGGCAACGCGAAUCCCGAAUUGAAGAUCCGCGCCUACGAUUAUUCCUCGCACGCGAUCAAGCUCGUUCAACGACACGAGAUGUACUCCAGUCCGCCCGCGGGCGCCUCGAUCGAAGCUGCAGUCUAUGACGUCUCUCGGCCGGGCUUACCGCCCAAUCUCGAACCCGGCACAGCAGACUUCGUCCUGCUUGUCUUUGCGCUAAGUGCGCUACACCCGGAGGAAUGGGCGACGGCUGUUCGUAAUGCGCACGCCGCACUCAAGCCCGGCGGGAAGCUACUUAUGCGCGACUAUGGCCGACAUGAUAUGGCGCAGCUUCGCUUCCGCGGCGGGCGCCUGCUGGAUGACAACUUCUAUGCUCGCGGAGAUAAGACGCGUGUAUACUUUUUCGAAUUGGAUGAGCUCGCGCUGAUGUUCACCGGUGAACGCGCGCGCGCUUCUGGUGCACAGGUCGAUGUGCGGGAGACCGAAGAGGAUGAACGCGAAGCAUCCACUGCCACCGUGGACACACCUGCGCACGAAGCUGGCGCGUCGACUCCUGCAGUCGAAGUGCUCUCCCCUGCGUCGCAUUCUACGCCAUCCCGUGCACAGUCGCCAGCGGACUCGCUUUCACCUCCACAUUCGCCUGUCCCUGCAUCCGCCCUCGAACCCGCGCCGAUAUCGCUCGCAAUGGCCCUCGAAACCGCACUGGACCCCAAAACGCUCGCAGCCGGUGUCGCUGCGUUUGAGGCUGCGGAGGUGAACCCACCUCUGCCUGCUCACCAUCCCGAUCGCCAUUCGCCUGUCCCUUCCCCACCUGAGCUCCCCAAGGAAGCCCGACCCGGCCCACGCAUACCAUCACCCCCCGGGCGCACAGGCCCUCCAGAUACCCGUGUCCCGGCACCUGCUCCAGCCGGCCCGGCCCUUGAACAGAGUGCAGCUGAACUGGCGGCGCCGAUUCCCGGUCUGACGGAGAGCGUCGAUGAUGCCCAGCGAGAGUUGCGAGAGGCGGAGAAGAAUGUCGAGGAGGCGAACAAGCAUGCAGAGGAUAUGGCCAGGAAGUACGCUGAGCUGACGGGUGUUGAUGAUGAUGCGGGCCAACGGACGACGCUGAGAGGGCCCGGGACGGCAUCUGAUGAUAUGCUGGAGACGAUGAAGGAAGAGAGCCGCGAGGAUCUGAGGUUAGAGGGGGAGACACAGAUUCACCCGAUCCUGCUUGAGAAUGAUGGCACAGCAACGGGCAAGGGUCUGUUCAAGGCGACACAACUCGGUGUUGAUCGGCGCUUGCUCGUUAACCGCAAGCGUCAGCUCAAGAUGUAUCGCGUCUGGAUGCAGGUUCAAUUCGAAAAACUGUGA